GAGCAGAGACCGCAGACUGAAUACCUGGGCACCGCAACAGGAAAAAUAGGCUUUUUUUUUUUUUUUACACACAUCGGAAAACUCAUAGAAACCGACCUAUACUUCGAUUGACCCUAGUCUGCCACAGCACCAACCCAGACAGGAUGGAGUCCGACGGGGCUGUGUUCCACUCAAACACUGUCAGCAGUCCGGUCAGUAUUCCCAGUAACCCGCUGCUGGACCAGCUGCCCAGUUACCAGUCUCUGCUGUACCGCAGGAAGCCGUCAGCAGGGGGCAGUGGGCGGGAUCGCAGAAGGAGCACCUCUCGACAGCGAGUGGGAUCAUCCUCCAGCAGCAGGUGGGCGGGGUUCAGCACAGAGGCAAGGCUCCCAGACCCCACCCAACAACGGCCAGUCCGAGAACUACCAGUAAACAUGAAGGAGAAGCGGCGCCUGGCCAGAUUGAGCUCACCAUUCAGAAAGAAUAACAGUCCAGAGACACCUGAUGACACUAUGAAAGAAAGGGAGGAGCGACUAGAGCAGAGUAAAGACCUGAGCAGGUGGGAGCAGUUUCACCUGAGGAGACUACGAUCCUGGAGGCGAUUCAAAGACGAGAGCCACGAGGUGCUGUUAACAUUGCAGCUCUGGAGAAAAGACAUCCACACUAUAGAAGGUAAAUUUGGUACUGGAAUACUGUCGUACUUCUCAUUCUUGAGAUUCCUAGUCCUUUUGAACUUUGUGAUGUUUAUCCUGAUAUUCGGCUUCAUCACCCUGCCAGUUGUCAUCUCCUCAUAUGGAGUUGGAAACAGCACCUACAGCUACACAGAAGUAAGCGAUUGCACAACGUACCCUAGCAGCUCACGCCAAGGCCUGGUGAUCUUCCAUCAAUACAUAAUAGACCUGCUCUCAGGAACGGGUUUUCUGGAGCAAACAUACUUGUUCUAUGGCUUCUAUAGAGUCAGUACUGUGCACUUCACCAAGUUCAUUUACAAUGUUCCUCUGGCCUACCUGCUAGUGACCAUCGGCUACCUCUUACUCAGUCUUCUCUGGAUUGUUAAAAGAUCCGUGGAGGGGUUCAAACAGAAUCUGGUCCAGGAUGAAGAUCACUUCCAAAGCUUCUGCAACAAGAUUUUUGCUGGCUGGGAUUUUUGCAUCACAGAUGAGAGUGCUGCUCGGCUGAAACACAGCAGUCUGCAGUACGAGCUGAAGACAGACCUUGGGGAGGAGAGGAUCAAGCAGAAGAUUGCAGAGCGGACUCGCGCAGAGAGGGGCCGCAUCUACCUGCUCAGACUGGUCCUCAAUCUAUUCGUUUUGGGAGUACUGGCAGGCUGCUUCUACGCCAUCUACAGAGCCACCAUUUACUCUCAGCAGGUAAAACCCCAAAACUUUAUACUCGACCUGAUCAUGGAGUACCUGCCCUCCAUUGUCAUCACUCUAGCCAACUUCAUCACCCCGCUGAUCUUCGAUGUGAUCAUCCAGUUUGAGGACUACACCCCUGCCUUUGAGAUCCGCUUCACGCUCAUGAGGUGUGUAUUUGUCAGGCUGGCCAGUAUCGGGGUCCUGCUCUUCUCCCUCUGGUCCCAGAUCACUGACUGUGUGGAGCCCUGCCCUUGCGGGUACAACCACAAGCUCUACCCAUGCUGGGAGUCCCGUGUUGGCCAGGAGAUGUACAAACUCAUGAUAUUUGAUUUUAUCAUCAUUGCAGCUGUCACAAUAUUUGUAGAGUUUCCAAGAAAACUCAUCGUGACGCACUGCCCGUGUGCGCUGACGCAGUGGUGGGGUCAGCAGGAGUUUGCCAUCCCACAGAACGUGCUGGAGAUUGUUUACGGCCAGACAAUCUGCUGGAUCGGAGCAUUCUACUGCCCCCUGCUGCCUGCCAUUGGUACCAUCAAGUAUUUCAUCAUCUUCUACAUCAAGAAGGUCUCUCUGAUGCAGAACUGCCGCCCGUCGACUCGCCCUUUCCGGGCCUCCAGCUCCAACUUCUUUUUCCUGGCUGUGCUGCUGAUCGGCCUAGCAGUGGCCUGCGUGCCUGUGGGAGUGAGCAUUGCAGAGAUCAACUCCUCCAAGGCAUGUGGCCCCUUUGUGAACUACACCACCUCGUGGGCAGUGGUGCCUGACACCAUAGACCAACUGCCCCCCGGCCUGCGCUCCUUCGUCCUUGGUAUCGGCUCUGAGGCCUUUGCUGUGCCCUUCUUCGUGGUCGUCUGCAUGGUCAUGUUUUACUUCAUCGCCCUGGCCGGAGCGCACAAGCGCGUUGUGAACCAGCUGAGAGAGCAGCUCGUCAUGGAGGGGCGAGACAAGCGCUUCCUUAUCCAGAAGCUGUACCAGGCUCAGAAAGAGUCCUGGAUGUCUCCACACCACAGAUCAGGUUCAGGAAUCAGCCAGCCAAGGGGGUCAGACCAGCUGUCAGGGGUGUUCCUGGAGCAGCACACAGGGGCCAAUAUGACACACGCCUGACGCAGAGACACAGACUGGCACGAAUACUGCCCUGGCACACAGCAAUAGAACAGAACACAUGGGCGGUUUUGUGCUGAUGCAAGACAGACUCUUUAUUCACUUGUUACAAUUUCUCUUAAAGGUUUCUUGGGCCAAUCUACCUGUCUGUACUAUUGAAACUGAAAAGCAUGUCCUGGAUAUCCAUGGCUACAAGUCUUAAAGUAUCUUGCUGCAAGCCAGCUUUUUUUAAAUGGGGCUAAAAAUGCAAUAUAUAAAUAUUGUGGCCUUUAUGCCAUCUGACACUAUGUGGUCACCUGGCCAGUUUUUAUAGGAAUACUAAUUUAGGUCAUUCUUCCACAGCUGCUCAGAAUAUAUAAGUAUUUGUUUAAUUGUUUCAAAAUUAAACUCCUUUUUUUUAACACUUGAUUGAGUUGAAACAGAACAGAGUUAUAGAAAGCUGGUCUUGCCAUUACAAAGCUAGUAAUCUGCUUUUUGGUGACGUUGAAGCUGAAUGUUUAUUUCUACCUUUUGUCUAGUCCAUUCUGACCCACGCCUGGCAAGCCAGUGACUCUCUUCUCUUGCUCUUUCAAAGAUGCUUUUUUAUUUUGUGUAUGUACCAUAUUCCUUUAAAUUUAUGACACACUUUUUUACCAAUUUUUUCUUCAAAAAAAUGGCUUGCGUCCUGAAAUUCAAGUACAUUAUAGUGAUGGUUGUAUUAAAAUCGCCAACCAAAGAUAUGACUGCCCAAGUACACAAACAGCAACAUGACUGACUGGCAGUUGAUGGGUUCUCUAGUAGUUAUCCUGCAAAAAGGACGCUGUCCUCCUCAAUGUAAACAAAGCAAUCUUUCGCUCAGCGCCCGCCUCUGUAGCUCUGUAGUAGCCUCAAACUGGCACUGCUGUGUUAAGCAGGUGUAGGCUCCCUGGGCACGCCCCCCCGGUCAACUAGGACCGGGAAAGCCUUCCUUUGUUCCACAGCAGCAGCGUUUUGUUAUUAGGCUCAAUUCUAAUCAGACCCCUGUAUUUGUCUACUUGCCAAGCAAUACCACAGUUCACAAAAAGGAGAAAGACGUGUGCAAGUAAUCAC